UUCCAAACACACACAAAUACGUUUUGGGGUCGCAGACCUUUCUUCCCAAUUUCCCCCAAACCCAAACGUGUUUCUCUCUCUACGGCGCCAACCCCCCUUUUCUUUCUCUCUCUAAAACUCUCUCAUAUUCCUCCAAUUCCAAAUAAUUCACACAAUCACUAAUUCAAUCCGAAGCUUCCAAUUCGUGAUUUUGCUUUACUGUUUCCGUUUUAUUCAGAGUAGUAAUGCUUGUUGUGAAGCAAGCUGAUGGUUCAUAGUGCUUGAACCAUUCAAAGUCAGUUUGCCAUUUUUCAAUAAACGAGUUGUUGAUGGCCAGUAACGAUUCUGAUAGUUUACCAGCGGAAAAUGCACACCACCCUUCAUGUGACUUUAAUGAGCUCGUGUCUACUAUGGACCCCAAUUAUUUCCCUGACGAUCUAUCAGCUUUCUUCGAACCAUCUGAGCCCUUUCCAGUCGUUGGGCCUGAGCCCAAGCCUGAGCCCUGUGACAAUCUGGAUGAACAAAAUCUUUUAAAAACAGAGGCCCUUGUUGACCCUUUGAACUCUCUUGUGUUAACCGAAUCGUCUGAUUUGAGAGACACUGAUGUAAUAGAUAAUGGAAAUACGGUUAAUGAAGUUAAACGUUCAUCGAGUCGAAGAAGUACUCGCAAGAGUUCAUCAAACCAGAAAAGUAAUACCAAAACGCCUGCAAGAAAAAGCAGAAGAAAUUCUGGAAAGAGGCCAGUGGUAGAUUUACUUACUGCAGAUGUUGGAAAAGGGCAAAGAAGUAAUUUGUCCAGACCUGUUCGUUCUUCAGCUUGGGGAUUUGUUGGGAAAAUCGAUGAAAUAUUUACGCAAAAUGCAGAAACGAAUGUUGACCCAAAGGGAAGAACAUCGCAUAGAGGAGGAAAGAGGGAUACCGAUUCUGUGAGUAAAAGCGUACAAACGUCAGAAGGCGAAUCCAAAGCUUCAAACAAGGGCCUUCUGUUGAAGCUUAAAUUGUCGACAGUGGCUAUCCAAAAUUGCCAAAUAAAUACGAUACCCGAUAUGGAAAAAGAACUUGAAAGUUACAGGGAGGUUAAGUUAGAAGCUUCCAAUUUACAAAGUAAUAUACCCGAAAGUUUUGAAAAAGAGGUUUUUAGGGCUUCUAAUGAGAAUCCGGAUGACGGGACUGUAUCAUCAAAGUCACCUGUUAGUGACGUGCGUCUUGCAGAAAGAGAAGGAAUUGAAAACCGGUGCUUAGAUCCCGGAACGUCACCCGACUCGGAAGUCAUUAACGUGAUUCCAGAUACUCAAGUUAAUGUUAAUAUUACAGAAGACAUUAGGGUUUCUUCAAAAGAUUGUAUCUCUCAUCAAUUAGAUGAUUGUGGUGUUGCGAGCGGAAUACCUAGUCCAGAAAUCGUUAACGAUGUUUUAUUAUCUGAAAAACAAAUCGAAGGAUCAUGGCCAGUGGGACCCGUUGCAUCAUUUCAUCAAACUGAAGUUGCGGUUUCCAUGGACAUGUCGACGGUUGAAAGUGUCGUGAAAGCUGAUUGUAGCACUGCUGUGAUUGAGUCAGUGGAGUCAGUAUCCAAUGGUCAACAUCUUCAUAAAAGUUCAAAGUCAAAUUCGUCAGUAAAUAAGAACAGAACCAAUGGUCAACAGAGAACAUCACCAUCUAAUUCAAUAUCUAAGGGGGACAUUAAGGAUAAGAGUGGUGACAACAACCAGACAUACUAUGAUACACAAACUCAUCCAGUAACAGGAAGUCUUGAAAUAAAUGAUGGGCCUUUAUCCAACUCAAAUACGGUCCCACGAAGUGCUUGGGUGUGUUGUGACGAUUGUCAUAAAUGGAGACGUAUAUCAGCUGUACUUGCGGAUUCCAUCGAGUCAACAGAAUGCAGAUGGAUUUGCAAGGACAACCAGGAUAAAACUUUUGCAGACUGCUCAAUUCCACAAGAGAAAUCAAACGCUGACAUUAACGAGGAGUUGGAAUUAUCUGAAGCAUCUUGUGAGGAAGAUGCUUGUAAUAAUACUCGAGGGAACUCCAGUCAGUUGCCUCAAAAGCAAGCUACAGUUCCUCAUCCUCCACAAUCCUUGUGGAAGCUUAUUAAGACGAACAUGUUUCUGCAUCGCAAUCGUAAAAAUCAACCCAUUGAUGAGGUUAUGGUUUGCCAUUGCAAACCUCCACUUGAUGGCCGCAUGGGGUGUCGUGAUGAAUGCCUCAAUAGGAUGCUGAACAUAGAAUGUGUAAAAGGAACAUGCCCAUGUGGCGAUUUAUGUUCAAAUCAACAGUUCCAGAAACGCAAAUAUUCGAAACUGAAAUGUUUCCCGACUGGAAAAAAGGGACAUGGGCUUCAGUUGCAAGAGGACAUCCCCAAAGGAAGGUUUCUUAUUGAAUAUGUUGGGGAGGUGCUUGAUAUGCAUGCUUAUGAGGCCCGGCAAAAACAAUAUGCUUCAAAGGGUCAUAAGCAUUUCUAUUUUAUGACAUUGAACGGCAGUGAGGUAAUAGAUGCUUGUGCCAAAGGAAAUUUGGGCCGUUUCAUAAAUCACAGCUGUGAACCAAAUUGUCGCACUGAAAAGUGGAUGGUCAAUGGCGAAGUUUGCAUUGGACUUUUUGCAAUUAGGGAUAUUAAGAAGGGGGAAGAACUGACAUUUGAUUACAACUACGUAAGGGUUUUCGGAGCUGCUGCUAAAAAAUGUGUAUGUGGGUCAUCUAGGUGUCGGGGCGUUAUCGGUGGUGAUCCACUAAAUGACGAAACAGUUGUUCUGGGAGAUUCUGAUGAUGAAUAUCCUCAACCUGUUACCUUCCAUGAGAACAAUAACACUAAGCUGGAUAAUAUGAUCGUUGAGACAGUGAAUACCGAAAGUAAUUUCAUAAAUGACGUGGAAAGCAAUCAAAGUCCAGAUUCUUUGUUUGUCACGGAUGAGAAAAACGAAGAUCCUGCAAUUCUGGUUGAAUCUACAGAAAGAGAAGUUUCACCUGCCACAUCAGCACCUGAAAGUAAAAUAGAGCAUACAGAGGAACUAUUGUCAUCUUGUGUGCAACCACUUGAUACUUCUUUCAUAGUGAAGAGUGAAACAAAUAAACAAAAUGAGAAUGUAAGCUCGGUUAACUUGUUACCAGAAGACGUUGAUUCAAAGAAGAAACCUAAAUCUCACACAAAUGAUAAAAAGUGUACCGUUUUAAAGCCGAAAUCUCGCUCGAAAGUACAUUCUCCAUCAUCAGCGGUGAAGAGAGGGAAAUCAAAAAGCAAGCAAACAGAGAUAGAGGCGAAGCCACCUGUAGUGCCUCAAAAACCCAAAAAGAUAGAGGUUGAUAACUUAACUGGCCGAUUUGAAGCAGUUGAAGAGGCGCUCAAUAUUCUUUUAACUAAAGGUGGUAUAAGCAAACGGAGAGAUGCUUGGAAGGGCUAUCUGACACUUUUAUGCUUAACUGCUAAUGGUGGCAAUGGGGAAGGAAUUCAAAGCAAUAGAGACCUUUCUAUGAUCCUAGAUGCACUCCUGAGAACAAAGUCUCGAACAGUUUUGCUUGAUAUAAUUAACAAGAAUGGUCUGCAAAUGCUACACAUUUUACUGAAGCGUUAUAGAAAAGUGUUCAAUAAGACUCCAAUAUUGAGAAAGCUUCUCAAGGUUUUUGAGUAUCUGGCUGAAAUAAAGAUUCUCACGCUGGAUAAUAUCUUAAAAUCUUCUCUUCCUGGAGUUGAAAGCUUCAAGGAAUCAAUUUUGUCUCUGACAGAGCAUGCUGACAAGGAGGUCCAUCAAUACGCACGAAAUUUCCGUGAUCGGUAUCUUCCAAGGGCCCGAAGAGUCAAUUGGGUCGAAAGAAACCCAGACCGGAUGGACAUUCAACAAAAUUUAAACGUCAAAAGCUCCUCAUUGCAACAAAAAAGGCCUUCUGAAGUUGCAGACAACUCUGUUAAACAGCCAAUUAGUUCAGUUGAAGGACCUUCUGCAUCAUGCGUCAGUAGUUGCACUGAUGGGACCCGGACCCGGACCCGUAAACGUAAAAGUCGGUGGGACCAGCCCGGUGAUACGGGACCCGAUUUACAAUUUCCAUCAAAGAAAGAAUUCAGGUCAAACACUGGCGCAAGCGACACCAAUCGUGAAGAUAUGGAUGUGGAUGCGGAUGCUCCUCCUGGAUUCUCUCCACCGUCCAGUGAUACUCACCACAGUAGAGCCGUCAUGGGACAACCACAAGACCGAUACAAUUCACGGUUACCCACGGCGUUCGGGCUUCCAUCUUCUCUCCUUAAAAAGCUAGGGACGUUAAACGGUGAAGGUGCAGCCGCAGAGAGCUGGGUUGUUGCUCCCGGCAUGACUUUUCACCCUUUUCCACCUUUACCCCUAUACCCUCGCAGUGAAAACCGACACCCAAAAGAAGAAUCAUGGCGUAAUUGUAAUUUUUCAAGGGACAGGAACCCUAAUACCCUUGGUAAGAGAUACUUCAAGCAACAAAAGUGGAAUUACCCUAGAUCAGGUGGUGGUGGUCAACAAUGGAACCCUAACAAGUCAAACAUGGGUGUCGGGUAUGGAGGGAAUGAAGCCAACGACACAUACAAUACAGGAAAUAGUUAUUAUCAUCAUCAGCAGCAGCAACAGCCACAUCACUGAUCUUUUAGAAGAGAAUUUCUGACGCUGUUUUGUGAUUUGUACUUGGUAACGUUAGUUGACUUGUAAAAGUGGGCUAUUUUGUUGUUUGUGGGUCAAUUAUUUUAUGCGCUAAAGUCAUAAUCGUUACAGAUCGCUAUGCCUGCUUGGGUACAGAUUGAUUACUCGCCUCGAAGAGGUAAAGCUUUCAUUAUUGACCUUUGACUCUGAUUGAAGUUUCAUUAAAUAAAUUUAUUACAUUUGUUUAUCUGUU